GUUGAAAUUUAACCACUGCGACUGAGCGCGGGCUCUGUAGGCACUGUGAGGGUAUUGGCCUCAUACGGAGACACUCUGAUAACCCAUUCAUGACUGUUACUCCGUUCUUUAUACGUUCUUUCUUCUUGUCUUCAUCAUAGUGGAGAGGCUCGGGCCACAUCUUGCUCCGUUCUUGCCGUGAAAAAUUGGUGCGGGGACAUUUUUGAGCUGAUUUCUUCAAGUACGAGGUACAACGAUCAACACUUGAAAUCUUCGUUCUCACACGUUCCGAAUCUGAUGGGAGCAAAGACUACCAGCAGCGUCCCGUUCUCCAUGUUACCCCGGCUUGGUUUUUCUCCGGGUCACAAAACGGGGUCUUCAUCUCGUUCUCCCUAUGCUGAAAAUCCUGAAGAAGACUGGUAUAUUCCCUAUAAUGGUCCGUUAGAACCACCCAAGAGCGUCUCAAUGGCUAAGCAAGAUACCAUGAGACACUCCGUUAGCCAGGAUGACGUGAAUACGUUUCUGGAAGACUCUCAAUUACUGGACCGCUAUCGGGACACGUCCGUGAACGAUGCAGGGCCAGUGGGACUAGGUCUACCUGCACAAUCAACUGGGUUCCCCAGAACCCGAGUUCGCUCUGACUUCACGAGGCGUACCACGAGCUCAACAAGCAUCAUCGAUCCGAUACGGCCGCAUCCUCGACGGCGACAGGCAAGUGCACCGCGCUUGCAAAGCCUUACCCACACCAUGGAUGCCAGCGCUGGCGUUGGCGAAUCCCCAAUGCCUAUGCAGCGUAUUGCAAUGUCGUCCCCUCAGAAAAAAAUAGGUCGGUUCUUCGGGUUCGGGUCUAGCAAAAAGUCAAAAAGACAAUCAAUCAGUACACCUGUAUCCCCUAUUAGUCGGACUCACAUGCCGGGAACAUGGUUUCCCAAUUCUGUCCAACAUAGUACACUCCAGGAAAACGUUAAUUUUGCGAAACCUUCUGGUUCUAGUCCCAACACUAGCAAUCACUUUGACUCACCUUAUGUCACAUUGCCACGGCCAUCCCGUAGAAGUCACACCCUCCAUUACCUGCCACGUGUUGAUGUCGUAGAUCCCUCUCCAUCCAAGCAACAUUCUGCCCGGCAUGUCGACUUGCAUCGAAAACCCGACCAAGACUCGUUUCCUUCAUUCCCGACCACAAACUAUGACUCUCCAACUAUCCUCAUGGCUCACCCAUAUGCAAAUACAUCUUCCUCCGCUUCCAUGUCUGCUCUUCGACCCGGAACUUCUCAACAAUCUCGUCAAGGACAUCAACAACUGGAUUCGUGCUCACAAAGUAGUCAUUUCUCGCACAAUAAUCCCACUCUGCGUAAUCGGGCACUGACCUAUGCGAUCGACCCUCGCAGUGAUCGUGCCGCCACAAUGGUUAAAAAUGCACGUCCCUUGAGGUCACCACUGAAGCCCUCUGUCUCCACCCCGAAUCUUUUUGCUGCAUCACGCGACAAGCAGCCCUUGCAACAGAGCACAAAAUCAACAUCGCCGGUAGCAGGCGUGGAACGUUGGCUAUCCCCCGAGACAUGGUGCAACGCACUGUUCUUUCCACGUCCACGCCUAAAAGUCAAGCGCGCACAUGAGCCACAUGGAGGAAGCAGUGGACGAAUCCUUAGUCCGCCAAUCACGCCUGUCACUGAGGGUGCCACCCCGCGCCUCAGUCCUGCUCUGCUUGGCGGGAGACCACAGAUGUCGUUGGUUACAACUGAUACACUGAAGGAACACCAUGCUUUGUUGAAAUCUAGGUCGGCUGUUGAUAUCCUGUCUGGCCCCUCUAUUUCUAGUAGACCUCGUACUGCGCCCAUGCAACGGCACCCAGACCCAAUUGAGGACAUAAACCUCGAGGAGUCGGAAUGUAUACCGGGCGCAUCGACCGCGCAACAGGAACUCCGUCCGUCAACCCCUGUGCCAUCGUUAACCCAAGUUCUUGAAGAAGGCGAGGUUCUAGAAGAACAACGAAGGCAAUGGCAACACCAGGCCUCACACUCGUUCGGGAACAGCCGAACCCGCUCCCUCUCCCGCGCUCGUGCCAGGUCAUUGUCACGGAGUCAUGGGCACAAGCCGGAGGGCAGCACGACCCUAGAAUAUCUGGCUGCACGAACGCUCCUAGGAGGUCAGGGCAUUGCCCCUACUGUUAAUGUUGCAAGAAGUUCGCACUCUCGAUCUCAUUCCUAUUCACACGCUAGUUCGAAUUCUCGCGGGCGUUCUAGUUCAUACUCAUUCACACGCUCACACUCGCACUCCCUUGGUAAAUCCAAUUCACAGAGGUCGCUCACGGAUCCUCAACCUCAAAACACUCGGCAUGCCCGAAAUGACUCCUGGGGCAAAACUGCCCUGCUUAAAGCAUGCGCACCUUGCGGAGAUCUUAGCGAUUUACUAGGCACCCCCGUUGAGAGCAAGAAACCAGCCCUGGAACCUAUGACGGAGGAAACCAAAAUCAUACAUCUGAGUGAUCCUGCGGAUGCCCCGCACAACGAAGCUGACGAGGGACGCGUCAUCGUCAUAGGGGUUUCUCCAGCCCCGACUAUACCAAGUGGGGAAGGAGUUGGUAUAGCACUUUCAUCUCCCCCUCCUUCCGACAAUCGCUUCUGUCUUGAUCCUGGACUCCCAAGCAUGCCCAGCCAUCCAUAUGCCACCGGUGCCAUAUAUACACGUUAUCUUAGUCCAUCCUCUGAGCAUGGCCUACAACAUGAUCUUAAAGUAUCUGAUUAUGCUGGGCCACAUCCAUCAGCCUAUGACCCCCAACUCCCUUCGAAUACUGCUACAAGCGACGUCAGCAUGCGUCAUAGGCUCCCACCGCGGGCAAUGCAGCCGGGUGUAAUCUCACAUCCUUACGCUGCUGCAUUAAGUGAGCCGGUAAACUCGCAUGCACGGCAGCCCAGUAACUCUGUCCUUCCUACGCUGCCAGUUCCGCCAAGCGUUGUGCAGGAGGACAAUGGUUUCACAUCUGGUAACCACAUAUCCAUCAGUAGUCCUGACUUCGAGAAGUAUGGCGUCGGUGAGGCUCUUGUGUUCGCUGCGCCAUCGCAAGACGAGCAGGAAACUGACUCCGAGGAUCAAUCUUUCGGAACCAUCAUCCCGUGCCAGCAGGAUACUCUGAGUCGAAUCAUAGACAAGGGGAAGGUCAAAGACUCGACAUCCGCGCCCACGGCCUUCAAUAAUAAUCGAUCCCAGAUAUCCGGCUCUGACUCUGCGGUCGUUUCUACUCGUCCUCCGAGUCUGAUAUCCGUGACACCAGUCGAAGGCAGGGACUCCAGCCACUCUCCUGGUGCCCGUCCCACGACCAACAUCACCUCCGCACAUCUUGUCAUUUCAGCUUUGGAUAAUGAUGAUCUGGACGAAUUUCAAGAUUUGUUCUACAGGCCUCCCCAAAGCAGGCUGUCCAGUGGAAAAUCUAGCGUAAAACAUCAGGACGCAAGCGAAAUCAGCAAGGGUAUACCGUCGGAUAUUCAUAGCUCUUAUUCUGGAAGCGCGCUCACUAACCUCAUGCGCAGUAUGAGCGAGAUUGGAGAACUGCAUGUGGCGGCCUCGGAUUUCUCCCAUGGGCAGAGGUCAGGUGGACCAGGGGAUCAACGAUCGGAUGAACUGUCUCAAACGUAUGUCUUCAUGGACAUGUCGAGGACUCCUUCACCGGCGCAGGUCGAUCCCUGUGCUGUUACCCAGUCGCCAGUACAACUUUACGAAGCACCCUUUGAAGCGAGUGUUCCAGAAGAUAUCGAAUCUUCUCGAGUAUCUUCUCCUCUGAUCGCCUCACAAGAGAAUGACACUUUUGGUCACCCCAUCCGACAAGAUGUCGUUGACGCUGCAGGAAAAUCUACCAUUCACCAGGGCUCUCGUAGAACCUCUACAUAUGCCUCGAUCCACGAUGCUGCAGAAGAAGCUGACCUGGUCAGCCCCAUCUCGUUCAUCCAAUCCCCACCUUUCUCUGCAGAUGCCAUGCGAUCGAGCUACAUGACCAGCGGGUCUGAGUACUCACGCAUGUCCACCCUCUCCGAUUUCCCCGACCCUCCCGCGCAACCAAAUAUAACACCUAACCAACCCUCCAUUCUUCAGAUCUAUGUCGACGCUCCUACCCCACUCCAGCAGUCAGGGGGCUUUGAGGGGACCAACUGCCCUCAAUCUGGGUCCCGCGUUUUCAGCUUGGAUAGUCACCACACGACCUUCGGUGGUAGUGACGACAUGGACAUCAUUACACGGGUUCACAGGUCUGAGUUUUGAAUGUCACAUUCCAUCUUACUGGAAUCACCAUCUGAGUUGUCCGUUCUCGGAUGGUGCACAUAUGGGGUAUCUUUUGCUGUCAUUGUUGUUGUACCGCAGUCUAGACUCUAGUAUCAUGCUUUACUUACUUUCUCAUUCUUUUGAUUAGAAUACACGCUAAUUUGUAAGGUUAAUCAGCGCACUGUCCACAAAAACUUCGUCAGUCGCAAUGGACGUUCAGGUUCUCUAGGACCAACGGAACAGCAAUUGCUCCUUAGUUUGAUCGAUCUUCGGC